CUGCCCCCGCCCGCCUCCUUCCCUCCUGGUGGCGGCGGCUGCGGAGCCGGGACCAGGUCCCUGGCGGCCCCCGCGCGCGAGCGGAGCAGGCAGGAAAGAUGGCGACGCUGGGCGGCGAGCCGCAGCCCUACCCCGCGGCCGGGUCUCUGCACCCACACCCGCAGCAGCACCACGGCGGCGGCGGCAGCGGCGGCGGGAGCGCGGGCGCGAGCGGGGGUGGCGGCGCGUCCCUGGGCUUCAACCUGCCGCUGAACCGCGGGCUGGAGCGGGCGCUGGAAGAGGCGGCGCACUCGGGCGGCCUCAGCCUGAGCGCCAGGAAGCUGAAGGAGUUCCCGCGCAGCGCCGCCGCGCUCAGCCACGACCUCUCGGACACGGUGCGCGCAGAUCUAUCCAAGAAUAGAUUAACUGAAGUUCCUAUGGAGCUGUGUCACUUUGUGUCACUGGAAACACUGAAUCUGUACCACAAUUGUAUUAAAAUUAUUCCAGAUGCCAUAGUGAAUUUACAAAUGCUCACUUAUUUAAAUUUGAGCCGAAAUCAACUUUCUUCUUUGCCAGCUUGCCUGUGUGGUCUUCCUCUAAAAGUCUUAAUUGCAAGUAACAAUAAGCUAGGUUCCCUGCCAGAAGAGAUAGGUCAGCUAAAACAGUUAAUGGAAUUGGAUGUCAGCUGCAAUGAAAUCACAGCUUUACCACAGCAGAUAGGUCAGUUGAAAUCUCUAAGAGAACUGAAUAUCAGAAGAAAUUACCUCAAAGUUUUACCACAAGAACUAGUAGAGCUUCCCUUGGUAAAAUUUGACUUUUCCUGCAAUAAGGUGCUCGUGAUUCCAGUUUGUUUUAGAAAGAUGAUGCAGUUACAAAUAUUAUUGCUUGAGAAUAAUCCUCUUCAGUCACCACCAGCCCAAAUUUGCACAAAGGGUAAAGUGCACAUAUUCAAAUACCUGAGCAUACAGGCAUGUCAGAUUAAAACAGCAGACUCGCUUUAUCUUAAUGCCAUAGAACGCCCGCACUUGCAACAACCUGUGGAGGAGAGCAUGGAUGACAUCUAUCCAAAUAAGAAGGAUUCUGAUUCGGGUGUUGGUAGUGAUAACGGCGAUAAACGCUUGUCUGCUACAGAGCCAUCUGAUGAAGAUACGCUCAGCCUUAAUGUGCCAAUGUCAAACAUUAUGGAAGAAGAUCAAAUUAUAAAGGAAGAUUUGGGUCACAACACAAACUCAAUAAAAGUGGAAUUUCAUCAGGGAUCACCUUCUCUAAUUGACAAUGAUAAAUCAAGAGAAGCAGAAAACCAGUUUGCUGAUGGAUCAGAUACCCUCACUGCUGAAUUUAUAAGCUACAUCAAGGGCAGAGCAGAGGAAUGUGAUGAAUUAUUACGAAUAGAAGAGGACACACAAUGGCAAACAGAAGACAUCACAAAUUCAUCAGAAGAGCCAAAUAUUGAUAUAGCAAUGAUAGAUCAGCUAAGAGAAGCAGUAGAUUUAUUACAAGAUCCCAACAGAUUAAGCUUGGAUAUUACAGAGGACAGUGGUGUGAAUCUGUAUCCCGUGGAACCUGCAACAGCUUUAGAAUUUCAGGAGUCUACAGUAAAUGGCCAAAUGCAGACAGAAAUGUCCCGUAUCUAUAAGAAAGAAAAUGCUGAGAAGGAACUCGAAUUCCAAAAGACGAGGGGAUUGAUUAUGGAGAAAACAAAAGCGGAGGCCAAAAUUACAUUUGAACAGAAUGAAAAGCAGCCAUUAAGUCGGAAUGAUCUGAUUGUUUGGAAUGUAGGAGGACAAAGUUCUCACAAUGAGAUUAGGGACAGCACUCCGCCUGUAUCUCCUACUACAAACAAAACAGCUCCAUUUGGCCUCAAGCCACGAUCAGUAUUUUUAAGACCACAGAGAAAUUUGGAGUCAAUAGACCCUCAGUUUACAAUUCGAAGGAAAAUGGAACAGAUGAGAGAAGAGAGAGAACUUGUAGAACAACUGCGGGAGAAUAUUGAAACAAGACUAAAGAUUUGUUUGCCUGAAGACUUGGGAUCUGCUCUGAUGGAUGGGGUGGUCCUCUGUCAUUUAGUCAAUCACGUUCGUCCUCGAUCUGUAGGAAGUAUCCAUGUACCUUCACCAGCAGUACCUAAACUCAGCAUGGCAAAAUGCAGGAGAAAUGUAGAAAACUUUUUGGAUGGAUGUAGGAAACUGGGAAUACCAGAGGAGAAGCUCUGCCUACCACAUCACAUCCUAGAAGAAAAGGGCUUGGUAAAAGUGAGCAUAACCGUUCAAGCAUUACUAGACGUAACCACAACGAAACAAGCUUUAUUCACGUGAAACCACGAGGUCUGCUGUAGUCAGCUCUGCUGUGCCAUCCAAGUAUUAAAACACACUGCUCAUCUUUCACACUGCAUUGAACAAUACACUGCUGCUCCAAGAGAGCAUUCCUGCAUACCUGACCUGAAAUUCAUCUCUCAGACUUUGAACAUGUGUCAAGCUACAAAUCAGGAACAAAACAGAAAUCAUUUUAUAGAGCAGAUUGGCACUUCACUGCUUUUAUGUCACUUGUACAGUACUUAAUAAAAUGGCCACUUCUCUGCCACUUCCAUAAGUGUGGAAUAUAGCUGUCUUGCAGCAAGAUACAUUGACCUGAUUAAAGUAAAAACCAUCUUUGUUUUUGUUUGUUUGAUAUUUUUUUUUUUGGAAAGAAAAAUAUUGGAAUUGUACCACGUUAGUUUUUCUGCAGUUGCUUCAGGCCAUUGCUUUUUAAAAGUACCCAGACAUAAAAUAUUUAUAUAAAUAUUAUUUAUUAGUGAGUUGUUAUUCAUCCUUUGGAUGCAAAAUGUAAAUUAGGAAACUGUAUUUUAUUACUGCUUUUUUGUGGUUAAACACUUUAUUUUAAUAUAAAUAUUUAGUUAUUUUUUAUUCUAGUUGGUGUGCAGUAAUAUUAGACCUCCGGAAGCCGUAUUUUCUAACAUGUAACAGUAAACAAAACUAGGUGCUUUUAUGAAAAGAACUGUUGGCUGGGAUGGCACUCAUUCGUUUUCAGAUGUGGGGAACGUUGGUAACAUUAGUCUGCAUUCCUUUAGCUUCCUACAUUCCAGCAGCACCUUCCUCCUUCCUCCAUGAGAUCAAAUUGGUUGAAGUUUAGAGCACACCCAUUUUAUUUGUAUAUAGCUGUUAGAAAUAAAUAAAUAAAUAAAUAAAUAAGGAAAGAUUAAACUUGAAAACAUAAAUGUGAACAACUAUUUUUGAUUGAUACUUAUUUUACUAUGCACAAGACAUUAAACUUUUACCACAGCAAAGCAAAUGAUGUGCAUUAGCAUCAUGUGUCUUGAAAUCAAAUUUUGCACUGUAACUUGAGUGAUAUUCAAAGAAGAGAGCACUACAGGACAAAUUAAGAAAAAAAAAUAGCACAAGGAAGUAAACAAUAGAAACUUUACCAGCUGGCCAAAAUGUUGUGCAGUCAAUGAUUUCUUCAAGAAAAGAUACAGUAGUUCAGAUUGCCUACCAUCUUAAAGGCCCUUUGUCAAAUACUCGCUGCUUGAUAUUGUGCUUACUACAGUGAAUAUAAUCUCAUUAUAGUCCAUGUAGUUCUGCUGGGAUUUCACAUAACGCUGAGCAUAACAUUUUUUGGUGAAUGUUUGCAGGAUCAGAUUUCUUGUCCCAACUGAGGAACAGAAAAUAAGGGGUCAUGUUAUUUUUAACUUCAGAAGUUUUAAAUGCCUAACUUAAUAUCAAAGCAUUGUCAGAAAAAUAUUCUAGGUAGAUACAUUUGAGCACAGUGGUAUUCACAAGAUUUGGAACAUCCAUUUUCCUUUGUAUGAAAACCUGGUGAGGUAAUUUAGGCAAACAAGGCAGGGAAGUUGUAUGUGGCAAAAAGGAUGCGUGUUAGGGUCAGUGUUACAUUCAAGCAAGUAGCAUUUGAUGUGCAUUACACACAGGUGAGACAAUGUAGAGGGGGAUUUAAGUAGCAAGUGGAUGGGUAGAAGUAAAAAGCUUAAAGCUGUUUGAAAGAACAGUGCAUCAUCGUCACAAUACUCCAUAUUCUAUGCAGUUUUAAGCAUGUUCACACAAAGACAUGGCAUUUAAAAACCCCCGUAUUCCAGUAACUUAUUUUUUUAAGGUCGAAUAAUAUACAUUAUUUGAAUGCAGACUAAGCAUUUUUGACAUUUCAAAUUGCCAGUGUACUGGAGUGUAUUGAGAGCAAUUUGUUAGGGGGAUAAGCGAUAUCCAGGAUAAUGAGACUUAAAGUAUGUAUAGAAUAUCCAGUUAUUUCAACCAAAGCAAAAGCUUUUGUUUUAGCAAGGGAACAUUGACUUAAAUUGUAAUUUUGAUUGGCAGCUAGCAUAUUAUUUCCUAUUAAAAUGUACUGUGCACUUUAACACUAAAUUAAAAUGUAUUUUAAUGUUUGACAGAGCUGCACAAAUAGCUGUUUCGUCAAAAAAGCCUGAACAAUGUAAAGAAAAUAAGUUUUCAACUCAGAGUAUAUCAGAAUUAAAAAAUAAGCAUUCAAAGAUUGACUAUAUAAAUAGGAAUAUUCAUUGCUGCAUCUUGAAGGGUAAAAUGCAGGUUCCUGAGUAUUUUUUUACAAUGUAUAUAUGGCAACAUGAAGCUUUGUAAUUAUUAUUUUAACAAAUCUUUGUUUUUUCAUAAUUAAAAUUUGAUUUUUCUCCUGAUAGUGUCCUUCAGUAUUUGCUGAAAGUUGGCUGUAAAUGGCUCUAAAUAUUUUGUAAUACAGCUUUUUUAUGCAGUCUUAACCUGUAUGGCUAAAAGAAAUCUUCAUGAAUCUUUGUACACUAUUUAUAUGUGCAAUAAAGCAUGCAUGGCCAACUGAUAAUAUAAGCAGUGAACAUAAUGUAUAUAGUGAAAAUAUCCUUACUGUAGUUACAAUUAAACCAUUUUAUUUGUACAAACCA